GAGCCCGAUUACCGGUCAAUGCCGCCGCCCGACUCGAUCCCGUUUCGUCGAUUGGUCACCAUCUACACGCUCGUCACCAACACACCGAUCCAGCAUGACCUUCUCUCGCUUCCUCGUCAGCUCAUCGCGCGCCGCUCUGGCCGCUCGCCCCGCGACCUCCGCUCACCUCGCCAGGGCAGCCCCGCUCAGCACUUCUGCCAUCCGUCUCUCGAAACCCACCGAGUCCGAGCAGGCCUCGAAGGCGCACCACCACGAGCGCACUCCCGAGGAGCUCCAGCACGAGACGGCUCGCUCUCACGCCAAGGAGCGCAACGAUGAGAGCAAGAUGUCGAGCAGCCCGAACGACACCCCUACCGAGAGCGAGGACGUCGCGCAUGCGCAUCGCAACCACGAACAUGAGAGUCCCGAGACACUGGCCCACAAGACGACGAAGAAGGUGUGGGAGAGCACCACUGAGCGCAGUCAAGGGAAAUCGAAGAGAUGUCAUCAAGUAGCAUUUCGCACUUGCGCGAAUGGUUUCACCUCCAAUUGCAUCAGCCAUUCCAUUGACUCGCCUCCGUUCUGCUUCCCUUUGAACGACGUGAGAGCAGCGGACCGGCGCGCACACGAUAAGCUUGUUUGGACUCUUCCACGACAUUGCGUGAGAUCUUGAGUGACGAAGUGAUAAGGCUGCUCGAGAUGGGCCUGCGAUUUGAA